UACUUUUCUAAUAUAUAUCCAUUACUCCUCCAUUAUGCAAGCAAUCAAGUAACUCACGUUUUAACUACUUCAUUUUCUGUUGCUUGAUUAAGUAAUACACUCUUAACAUUACCUUUUAGCCAUUCUUACUAUGGCUGAUCUUUGUUCCUACCGGAAUAAGUUGAUACAAGAGCUUCUUCAAGGCCAGAAGUUUGCAAACGAGCUUCGGCUUCUUCUUCAUGAUGAACACAAACCCUUUCAACAACAACAACAACAUGGGUUGGUUUCAUCUCAUCAACAGGAGCUUGCUGUUAAGAUCUUGAGAUCUUUCACUGAGUCUCUCUCUGCACUCAGUUCUGGUACUACUUCUGAGCUUCUUGUUUCUGAUGAUCGUGAUUAUCACCAGCUGCAGCUGCUUCCGCCUACUAAUUCUUCCAAUGGUUCACCUUGUACGGAUGACCGGCGAUUGGAAGAUUCCGGCGAGAGUCAAAAACGGCCGGCUUUUUCCAAUAAGGACAGGAGAGGUUGUUACAAGAGAAAGAAGAAUUUAGAUACAUGGAGAAUGGUGUCUUCCACCGUAGAAGAUGCUCAUGCUUGGAGGAAAUAUGGGCAAAAGGAGAUCCUCAAUGCUAAGCACCCAAGGAGUUACUAUAGGUGCACACAUAAGUAUGACCAAGGUUGCAGAGCAACAAAACAAGUCCAAAGAAUGGAAGAUAAUCCAGAAAUGUUUGAGAUAACAUACAUAGGCAACCAUACUUGCAAAGAUUUAUUCACUGCUCCAAAAAUCAUCACAGAUUCUGAUCAUCCUUGGGGAACAACUGGUUCUCAUAUUGUCAGGUCAUUGAAUAGUUAUACCCCAACAAAAAUAAAGCAAGAAUGUAAGGAAGAGACAACACAAAGUGAUGAUAUAUCUGAAAACUUAUCAUCUUUGGAUUCAGUUGUGUGGGAUGAUCUAGUUCCUUUUGAAUCAUCUGAUCCUGCUGCUGCUGCAGUUUCUACUGUGUAUUCAUGUAAUAAGAUGCCUUCCAAUAGCUUUGACAUAGAUUUAGACAGAGAGUUUCAUUUUGAUGAGAGUGAGUUCCUUCUUAAUUAGCUAGCUAUUUGAGUUCCUUCUAUGUAUAUGUACAUUAGUUUUUGUGAAAUAAGUAGAGCCACCAUUUUCAGUUCUUUA